AUGAAUUAUCCUUACGAGGACUUCUUGGACCUCUUCUUCUCUACCCACACUGACCCGCUUGCCACGGCUGCAAGCACCUCUUCGAAUGGUUAUAGCUUGAAUGAUCUUGACAUUGAUUGGGACUGUGACUUCCGUGAUGUCAUUGAAUCCAUUAUGGGUGAUGAAGGAGCCAUGAUGGAACCGGAAUCGGAAGCUGUUCCAAUGCUUCAUGACCAGGAGGGACUUUGUAACUCUGCGUCAACGGGUUUGUCUGUGGCUGAUGGGGUUAGUUUUGGUGAGCCUAAGACUGAUGAAUCAAAGGGCUUGAGGUUGGUUCACUUACUUGUGGCUGCUGCUGAUGCGUCAACUGGUGCGAACAAGUCUAGAGAGCUAACUCGGGUUAUACUUGCAAGGCUUAAAGAUUUGGUUUCUCCUGGUGACCGAACUAACAUGGAGAGGUUAGCUGCUCACUUCACCAACGGACUUUCAAAGUUGCUCGAACGAGAUAGUGUUCUGUGUCCCCAACAACAUCGUGAUGAUGUCUAUGAUCAGGCGGAUGUGAUCUCAGCGUUCGAACUGCUGCAAAACAUGUCUCCAUAUGUCAACUUUGGUUACCUCACUGCCACACAGGCUAUUCUUGAAGCUGUGAAGUAUGAACGUCGAAUCCAUAUAGUGGAUUACGAUAUCAAUGAAGGCGUUCAGUGGGCUUCAUUGAUGCAAGCCUUGGUGUCUAGAAAUACAGGCCCGUCAGCCCAACAUCUUAGAAUCACGGCUUUGUCACGAGCAACAAACGGUAAAAAAUCCGUGGCUGCAGUCCAAGAGACUGGGCGGCGUCUAACUGCGUUUGCCGAUUCUAUCGGCCAGCCAUUUUCAUAUCAACACUGUAAACUUGACACCAAUGCAUUCAGCACAUCAUCUUUGAAACUUGUAAGAGGAGAAGCAGUGGUAAUCAAUUGUAUGUUGCAUCUUCCUCGGUUUAGUCACCAAACACCCAGUUCAGUCAUUUCCUUUUUGUCGGAAGCUAAAACUCUAAACCCGAAACUUGUUACGCUUGUUCACGAAGAAGUUGGUCUGAUGGGAAACCAAGGUUUUCUAUAUCGUUUUAUGGACUUGCUACAUCAGUUCUCAGCCAUAUUCGACUCUCUAGAGGCAGGCCUUUCAAUCGCUAACCCGGCCCGUGGCUUUGUUGAGCGUGUUUUUAUCGGUCCUUGGGUUGCUAAUUGGUUGACGCGUAUCACCGCUAAUGAUGCAGAAGUCGAGAGCUUUGCUUCGUGGCCACAGUGGUUAGAGACUAAUGGGUUCAAACCCUUGGAAGUGAGCUUUACCAACCGUUGUCAAGCAAAACUCCUUUUGAGUUUGUUUAAUGAUGGAUUUAGAGUGGAAGAAUUGGGCCAAAACGGGCUCGUUUUGGGAUGGAAAUCUCGGCGUCUUGUGUCGGCCUCCUUUUGGGCCUCGUGCCAGACGAAUCAGUAA